CAAGCAUCUAUCUACAUUUGAAGCUGAAACCUCGGGUGCUUGGAACCGGGGUCUCCCGGAAAGAACUCCUUCUAGACAGCCAGGGGCUCCUGCUCCUUUCCUUGGGCUUGUUAAUUACUGUUGUUGCUCAUAAACUAAAUUGUAGGACCACUGGGGAAAUAAUGUCUUUCCAUAGUCUCUACAAUAAGGUGCAGGACCUGGUGGUCUGUAAAGAGCCAGCUCUCCUGGGCUACAUCCAAGCUGGCAUCAUUGAGGGGGUGCAGACCACUUACAAGUCACUGAGACCAGCCCACCCAGAUGGUACCCCCUUCCCCUGUUUGUGCCAAUAACCCAGGGAAGAAGAAGAAGAGAUGGAGAAUAUGCUCUUCUAUCAGUUCCUUCCUGGAAAUCUGGCAGAUAAACUAAGCCAACACUAUGGCGAAUGGCUGCGCUCUAUCAAACUGUUCAACAGAGCUUUUACAGCAUUGGGCCUAUCUGCUCAGGUCAGGCGUGAGGAAGAGGACAACAAAGAGACUAAUGGUCUCUUCUGUCUGGCUGAGAACCCUCUUGCACUCGACUGUAGUGUGGCAGCCUACUAGAGAGUGUGCCCUGAAGACUUGUUUGUUGAGGACACUGAUUCUAGCAAGUAUGUGUCCGGUGAUAAGAGACCGCAGAGAAUAGCAGGGUUACAAUAUUGGCAAUAUCUUCAAUAUUAACAACGUAAAACCGCAAACAAAUAAAUGAAUAAAAAUGAAUAUAAUGAUCUUUAUUGUCAAUAUACUCUGAAACUGAAAUUCCACAUGGCUUUUCUCAAUGUAGUUAAACAUCUAGGACAGAAAUGUGAUACAUUUCGAUUAUCCAUUUUAAACAAUAAUAUAGAAAAUUUAGAAAUGUCAUUCAGAAUAUAACGUUACACAUGCUUUAAUAUCUAGCCAAAUAAUUGCAGUACUAGUACCAUGGACCUAUUAAAGAAGACUAGUACAUGAGAACCCCGGCCUACAGGAUGCUGCAGGGUCACUUCUGCUGAAAUUACCGGCUACAUUAACUCGUAUGAAUUAGUUUGAAAUGUAUUUGUAAAAGCAAAUGACGACACCACGCAAAGUGGCUCUUAUUUUGAAACAGGAAACGUGUAAACAACGUUGCCAUGGUAACAUGUAAGCCCUGCCGGUGAUUAACAGUUAGCUUAGCUAACUUUAAUAACAGCAGAUUGACGAGCGAUGGAAGGACAAGACACAGGCGGAAAUACGUACCAUUUGCGACCUAAUUAUCAACACAAGUUUAAGCCAGUCAUUGUGAAGGCGUGUAUUCGUGAGAUCUUGCGGGAGCAGUUGUCCGGAGUGCAGUAUGAGCCCGAGGAGGUGCCUGCCCUGUCUCGCGCUCUGGCGGAGAGCAUCAAGAACAAACUAAAAGAUGCUGGGUUUGAACGAUAUAAGUUUGUGGUGCAGGUUGUGAUUGGGGAACAGCGAGGAGAGGGAGUGAAAAUGGCUUCGAGGUGCUUCUGGGAUGCAGACACGGAUAGUUAUGCAGAGGAUUUGUUCAUGAAUGAGAGUCUGUUCUGUGUGGCGGCGGCUUUUGGAUGUUAUCAUUACUGAGAAGAAUCUCUGAGAGCCAGGAGACCCUUCAUCCACGUAGCCGGACCCCCUGAAACCUGCUGAAACCCCCUCCCAUACAUGCAUUGUCUGCUGGUAUUCCGAGAGAGCGAGCAGUGGCACCAGAAAGAGAAAAGAUUAUUUUUUUUACAUUAACGCUUUCUGUUUAAACGAUACAUUUAAAUCUAACUGGUUUCUAAGAAUUCUUGUAAACAUAUUUCUGAUUAUGUUUUUUUGUAAUUAAUGUGCCUAAUAAGCAACACUGCACUGCCAGGGGUCAAUAUCCACCUAGCUCUCCUGAGAGGUGUCCAAAUUCCUAUCACAUCAGCCACCACAUGUCUGACAUAUACUGUAUUACAAGGAGGAGACAACAAUUAUAUUUCACAAACAGCCACUAUUAUUUUGAAUAUUUUCAAAAUAACGAGCUGUCGCUCUCGUGUGUUGAAAGACGAAAAUGGCUUUGACUUUGUGUGUUUGUGGAAUUAAGUUUCCCUUGGAUUGAAGACAAGGUCAACUUAAUAUGUUCAAGAGGCUUGGUAAUUAGCAGCAGGAGCGCCACUACCAUUCAUUGUAUUUGAUGAUUCUCCAAUUAGAAAAUCAUGUGCUCAUGUGUACACUUUUCAAGUGUUCCCUGAACCACUUUGUCAAAGGGUUUGUGUCUUAAUUAGCCUGCAUUUUCUGAAACACACGCACACACUUACACACACACAGACACACACUCAAUAGAUAAGUCUUCCAAUAAUCAAGACAAACUUAACUUAAGGGUGCAAAGAGCAUACAUUUAUUACACAUAAUAGCCAUUUAUAAAUCUGUUUUACAAUCUAUUUAGAAUAAUAUGGAUGGAAUGCUGGAAGUAUUUAUUCAACCAAUUCACACAUGCUGCUUUUGUGUUCCUCAUCUUGAACCUCAUUUUCUGCUGGGU